CACUUGUUUUUUGGUUUUUCCCUCCUGCAGACUAUGUCAGAGAGCCACAAUGAUCAUGCAAAAUAACAGUUCGGCCUCGCCCCUGUUUUCAAAUGUGAGCUCCUUCUGGAAGAGAGAUUCACAUGGACUGGGACUUCUUGAUGAAGCAGAAUCGCUCAUUGGCAGCUAUGAUUUCCCUCAGACCACAGUGAGUUUUCCCUUCUCCACUGUGGAAUCAACAAACAUGUCCUUAAAUGCCACAAGCAAAGACCCUCUGGGUGGACACGCUAUCUGGCAAGUAGUUUUGAUUGCUUUCCUCACUGGGAUCCUUGCACUGGUGACCAUCAUAGGAAACAUCCUCGUGAUUGUUGCAUUUAAGGUUAACAAACAACUGAAAACGGUCAACAACUACUUCUUGUUGAGUCUUGCUUGUGCAGAUUUGAUCAUUGGUGUUAUUUCCAUGAAUCUUUACACCACAUACAUCAUCAUGGACCACUGGGCUUUGGGAAGCUUGGCCUGUGAUCUUUGGCUCUCCAUUGACUAUGUCGCCAGUAAUGCCUCUGUCAUGAAUCUCCUUGUCAUAAGUUUUGACAGGUAUUUUUCCAUCACUAGGCCGCUUACGUACAGAGCCAAACGAACAACCAAAAGGGCUGGGGUGAUGAUUGGUUUAGCAUGGAUCAUCUCUUUUGUUCUUUGGGCCCCUGCCAUCUUGUUCUGGCAGUAUUUUGUUGGGAAGAGGACUGUACCUCCUGAUGAAUGUUUCAUCCAGUUUCUAAGUGAACCUAUCAUCACUUUUGGCACUGCCAUAGCUGCCUUUUACUUGCCAGUCACCAUUAUGAGUAUUUUGUAUUGGAGGAUCUACAAGGAGACCGAGAAACGCACCAAAGAGUUAGCAGGGCUGCAGGCUUCAGGCAGUGAAGCAGAGGCAGCCCGCUUCGUACACCAGACAGGCAGCUCCCGGAGCUGCAGCAGCUACGAGCUGCAACAGCAGAGCAUGAAACGCUCUACCCGAAGGAAAUACAGACGCUGCCACUUCUGGCUCACAAUGAAGAGCUGGGAACCCAAUACAGACCAGGGGGACCAAGAGCACAGCAGCAGCGACAGCUGGAACAACAACGACGCUGCUGCCUCCCUUGAAAAUUCAGCCUCCUCUGACGAAGAAGACAUCGCAGCAGAGACCAGAGCCAUCUAUUCAAUCGUACUGAAGCUUCCUGGUCACAGCGCCAUCCUCAAUUCCACGAAACUACCCUCCUCGGAAGAUUUGCAUGAGUCAGGGGAUGAACUGCAGAAAUCCGACGCAGAAUCGAAGGAAAAGAAACCUAAAAAAUUGCAGCCUCCCAGAAGUGUUCAGGAUGGUGGAAAUUUCCAAAAGAGCUUUUCUAAGCUUCCGGUUCAACCAGGGUCAGCAGAGACAACCACAGCUUCUGAUGGCAUCUCAUCAGUGACCAAGACAUCUGCAGCCCUGCCCUUGUCCUUCAAGGAAGCAACUCUGGCAAAAAAGUUUGCCUUGAAGACCAGAAGUCAGAUCACAAAGCGAAAACGAAUGUCACUUAUCAAAGAAAAGAAAGCAGCACAGACACUCAGUGCCAUUUUGUUUGCCUUCAUCAUUACCUGGACCCCAUAUAACAUCAUGGUUCUGGUGAACACCUUUUGCAACUGUAUCCCCAAAACUUUCUGGAACCUGGGGUACUGGCUUUGCUACAUCAAUAGCACAGUGAACCCCGUGUGCUAUGCACUGUGUAACAAAACAUUCAGAAACACUUUCAAGAUGCUACUGCUGUGCCAGUGUGACAAACGAAAACGACGCAAACAGCAGUAUCAGCAAAGGCAGUCCGUCAUUUUUCAUAAGCGGAUCCCUAGGGAGGCUUCAUAGAAUAGUAUUUUUUAAACAGUUAAAAAAAAUAACAAAGGGGGAAUGGGAUGGGACAGGACGGGAUGGGACAGGAUGGGAUGAGACGGGAUGGGACGGGAUAGGAGGGGAUGGGACAGGAUGGGACGG